GGUUUCCCUAACUUUCCGUUCCAUGCAUAGGUUAAGUUACCAUUUUUUUAUCUUAAUCCUGCAGACUUUGGGUUUUGAAUGGCUGCAAGGCAAUCCCAGAGCUCACAAGGUAUUCGAUUGGUGGAGUAUAGUGACAAACUUCAAGUUGGUGAAAAAGCAGAGAAGCAACACAAGAGCCAGCUUCUUCCUCCUCAAGAGGAACUCGUCAUGACGAAACAUGAAUUGAGCAGGCUAAAGCUCGAGAUGUCCUCCGCCAAGAAAGCUAAAGCCAAUGCUGAGAAGGAAGCCGAAGCCUUGAGUUCAAGAGCCGUGCAGCUUUUGGAGUCCGUAGAGCAGCUAAGGAGGCAGAUUGAGGCCUCGGAUGAAGAGCACAUGCUAGUUGUGCUUGCCAGGAUUGAGGCUGAGCGGGAGCAUGAUGAAAUCGAGUCGCAAAGAGCUGCUGUGGCCGAUAAGUUUGCCCAGAGAAUUGCGACUGUUAAAUCGACAAUCAAAGAUCUUAAUCGAGAGGUACGGCAGCAGCAGGAACUCGAAUCUGAACUCGCCGUCACUAAUUUGACAAUCUCUGCUCUGCAAACAGAGUUAGGUUCGAUUCGGACGCCCAAAUUGCAGGAAGAAACAGAGCUCUCGGCGGCAAAACAAGAGUUGGCGUUGAUCAAGGAAGAGAGCUUUCACUUCAUGAACGCGAUGGAUUUGACUCGAAAGGAGAUGGUUCAGAUCAACGCAGAAACUAAUCUGCUCAAGGAACUAGAGCAGAGAGCUGAAUCCAAGGUCGUGCGACUCAACUCUGAGCUUCUGAAAGCCAAGACAAAGUUUGAAGUUUUGAUGGCGGGUCAUGAGAGGAUGAACACAUCCUCUUCCAGUUUGUCAGCUGAGAUACAGAGACUUCGAGCUGAAACAGAGGCCGCGGAGAAAGAACGAGAAGGAAUCCGCAAAGAAAACAAUGGAAUCAGAGGACAAAUGCAUAAGAUCGAGUCAGAAAUCGAGGAAAAGUCGCUGGCUUCGGUGCGAACGCUAUGCACGGCUAAAGCGUCGGAGGCCACGGCGCUCAAGAAGCUGAAGAAUGUGGUCGAGAGAGCCGUCAAGACUAGAGCUUUCUUGCUCCAAUUCGGAUUGACGAUAAGCAUUUCGAGGAGCGAGCACGAGUACCUGGUGCGGAGGGGCAGGGCAGCUCGAGUGGUGGCGGAGAAGAAGGUGGCGGCCGCGGUGGCGUGGGUUGCGGCGGUCGUGGAAAGGGGGAGGGCGGCAGCAGCUGAGGCUGAGCUGGUGGAGAGGAAGAACAUGGAGCUCAAAGACGCGGAAGCACGAAAGAUUCACAAGGAAAUGAACGCGGUAACUGAACAAGAACAAGAACUACAUGGUUCGGAAGAGGAGGACGAAAUCAAAGAAGAUAGCGAUGAGCCGGAAAUCCCUAAAAAAUUAAAGCUAAAUAAAUCAAGAUCAUGCACCAAAUUGAGGAGGAUUCCGUCGUCACCUGCAGCUUGGCAUGUUCGUUCUCCGCUGGUUGUGAUCAAGAAGAAGAGGAAGAAGGCGAUGCCUAAGCUGAUUACGUUGCUUAAAGACAGGCGAGGCGGCUGUGGCGCGAAGGAGAUGAAUUGAUGUUCGAAGUCAAAAACAGUGUUCGAGCUUGAUCAGCUAAUUUCAGGGCUGGACUGGAUCAUCCUGUGCCAAGUCUGUAGGACUUAUUUUUUAAUAAAAAAAAAUAAAAAACAUAUAAAGAUAUAUAUAUUUUUUAAUUUUAAAUUUAUACGUCCUGCUCAAGUCUCAAAUUAUUGUCGCAGACAGGUCAUGUUUUGGCCAGUUAUUGACUGAUAAAUAAUAAAAUCA